AAUUUGGUGUUUAUUUAUUUCAAAUGUAUUUUCCUGCCCAAACAGCUGUAGCUAUGAGUUGGAUUCCAUUUUUUCUUGAUUAUCGUAGUUUGCCUGCAAGAAUAACUUUAUCAGUUUCUGCAUUAAUGAGUAUUACAUUUCAAUAUGGAAAUAUACUUAAAUCUCUUCCAAGAGUUAGUUAUGUAAUGUCAGUAGAUGUUUGGAUAUUUGGAAGUAUUGCAUUUAUUGCCUCUUCUUUAAUAGAACUUGCGAUUGUUGGACAUUUACAUAGAAAAUAUAGAUCACGUAAUUUUAGAAGAAAAUCAACAUUAUUGUUUCCAACAGAAAGAAAAUAUAUGUUACAUAGUAUAUCCCAAAGUGAUGCAGCAAUAAAUAUUUCUAUGGAGAAUUCUUUUAUACCAACAGAUAUUGAAGAUAAUUUAUUUGUAAAUAGCAAUAUUUCUUCAAAAAAUAAUCGGCAAAAGAUCAAUGGUUAUGGAACUUUUUUGUUAAAAAGGAAUAAUUCGAAAAGAUCAUCGAUGAGAAGAAAUUAUAAAUUAAAUAAUCAAAAUAAUAAAAGAAUUUUUAAAGAAAAUGAAGAAAAAAUUAAAAUAGAAUAUAGACAAAUAAAAUUACUAAAAUAUUUUAAAAUGAAGGCUAAUAAAUUAAUUAAUAAUGUUAAGAGAAAUUGUUCAGAUCCAGUUUAUUGGGACGAGAGAGCACGAAUUUAUUUUCCUUUAUCCUAUUUUUUUUUUAAUGUUGCUUAUUGGACAUAUUAUGUUGGCUAUCAUAAAAUAUUACGUCAAAAAUUUUUUAAUUCAAAUAUGCUUUCUGAUGCUUAAGA